AUGCUACGUACGCGGAUUAUACGUAUACUACAAAAUGAGUACUUCACGACUGGGCACAUUGUGUCGUCUAGUAUCCAUACCUCACAGAUAGUCAGCAGAAAAUGUAAGAAGGAACGAGAAAAGAUGUGCGAACCAAUAUCCGUAGCUGUCAUUUUGUGCGGCUGCGGGUACAAAGACGGUACGGAGAUUUCGGAAGCUAUCUCGGCAGCGAUACACAUCAGCCAAAAGGAUAUGAAACCAUCGUUUUUCGCGCCGGACGUGGACAUUUGCGAGACGAUCGAUCAUCUUACUAAAGAGCCAGAUAUGAACUGCUCUACUAGGAACGCGCUGGUCGAAGCUGCCAGAUUAGCCAGAUCAAAAAUAAAACCGCUGUGCGAAUGCGAUUCUUGCAGACAUGCGGCACUCGUCAUUCCUGGAGGAAUGGGCGCCGCAAAAAUAUUGAGCAACUUCGCAGAAAGCGGAGCUGACUGUACUGUGCAUCCGGAUUUGGAAAAAAUUAUCGAAGAAUUUUAUUGUGAUAAAAAGCCAAUUGCAUCAAUGUGCAUUGCCAGUGCCAUUGUCGCAAGAGUGUUAAAGGGAGUGAAAGUAACGCUUGGGAAAGAUUCACCGAAAGAAGAUUGGCCGCACGCGGAAGCUAUUAAGAAAGUUAAGCAAAUGGGUGCCAAAGUUGAAUUAAAAGGUGUAAAAGGAGUGACCAAAUGUAAAAAAUACAACGUCUUCAGUACACCUGCCUGGUUGUACAAGCCUGCUACUUACGCGGAUGUUCAUAAUGGUAUAGGAAAGCUAAUUACAGCGUUAAGGAAAUCAAUGAACUUUUGACAACGAUGUCUCGUUUUUCAAAUACACAGUUCUACGUGAGUCAUAAAUACUGUUAACAGAAUGAAGUUGUAUUUUAUAGUAAUGUUUUUACUACAUCAAUUUACGUGUACAUAUUGAUCGAUCGCUUGAAAUAUA